UACCGAGCGUUGCUCGACUCAAGAUCAGAAUCGAGUUCGUUGAAACUCGGCCGAAUCGAGACGAGUUUGUACGAGGAAAACUGGAUCGAUAAAACAGGAAUAUGGCCGUGAAGGGGGUAGACUGGGGUGUCGGCGAGGGUGGGCGGCGAUCAGGCGGUUGAGCAUAAAGAGGAUAGGAUAAUAUCGGUGUGCGCGCGUCCUCUUCGCUAACUUCGAUUUCGCCACUUUAAUGUCGGCGGAGACGAGGAUGUAGUUAUGCCGAAGAAAAGCACGAAGCAUGUGAAGGAAUCUGGGAUAACGAGAAGCUCCCAUCACGGUUGUGAUUCCGGCACGAGUACGGAUAUCAAAGUGAAGCACUUUCGAAGUGUUCACAUUGGCGUUACAAAUGGAAAGCGUUGGUUAUCUCUUAAAAAAAGGCUGGGAUUGUCGACGGACGAAGACCUCGCAGUUUAUCUUCUCGAUCUUGCUGAAUCAAUCGUCAGACAAGAUAAUAAAUGCAAUGGUCUUGAAGAAUGGAAAACAAAUGGCAAAGAAGAAAGGGACUCAGAAAUUGUCAAGACUGAAAAUUCAAUAGAUGAUACGGAAGAACCUCUUCGUCGAAGCCUAAGGAAGCAAAGUACUUCUAUAUGUCCAGAACCUGAUGUUUCAUCUACAGACACAAUACAAUCUUUACAAACAGAAGUACAUGAUGACAUUAUUAAGCUCCAUGUACGUCGUAGUUCAAGAUCUAAACAUCAUAAAAAUAAGGCUAAACAUCAUAAAGACAAACGCAAGAAAAGAAAACACUUGAAAAAUGCACAGAACAUAGAAACAGAUAAAGAUUAUAGGUUACAGGAAGAAAAAAAUCCCAAUAAAAAUAUAAAUUCAGUUAUUUGUAACACCGAGAUAAAUACAGAAGCAGAUAUUAAAUCUAAAUUAGAUGUAGAAUGUUUUCGUGUCGCUCCAAAAAAUAUCGAAUCUAUUAUGACAAAGACUGAGCAUAUAGAUAGUAUAGGAUUUAUAAAGGAUGUAAAUAGUGAAAAGAACGAGUUAAAUUGCAAUAGCAAAGGUAUCGAUAUACCUAAUGGAGUAGCACAGAUUGGAGAAGAUACAUCUAAAAAAAAUAUACAACUGCAAACUACUCCAGCUGUCUCUUCUUCUGAAAAGAAUAUUAUGAAUGAAUCUGUUGUCAAAGUUGUAAGAGAUAUAUUAAGCUCUCAGAAUAUGGAAAAUACAGAAAAUAAAAAAAUUAAUGAAACAGAAACCAGAUUACAUAAGGAACAAAACACAGAAUCUCAGGAAAAUAGUAGUUCAAUUUCUAAUGUAUUAGAUGAAGCAGGAAAUGUAAAAGCUUUAGAAGAACGUAAAUUAAAAAAGAAAAGAAAGAGACCAAAACAUGAAACUGAUGGAGAGGAGAAUGUUGUCAGAGAUACGCCCGAUGAUUUUUUGGAUGAAGCUAUGCACAAACAUCGACGAAAAAAGCACAAGCAUACUAGUGAGCACAAAAAUAAGAAGCAUCAUGAUGUGCGAAAAGCACCACAAGAUGGAAUCAUUACUCAAGAAGAGACUCCAAAUUUGAAUAUAGUAGAAAAUGAAUCUGUUAUUUCAGUAAUAGAUAAAACUCAAAUUGACGUAAACUUUGAUGGUAAUAUAUCAGAGCCUCAUAGAUUGGCAAUUACAAUAAAACUCUGUCAAGAUUGUAACAGUCGGCAUUUACAAGAUGCAUGUCCACUCAAUACACCUCAAUAUACUAUAACAGACUCUAUAACGUAUGAAGAUUGGUUAAACAAAUACAAAGAAAAUCUUGAAGUAAUUAAGGCUUUAAAAUCUGAUGAUCCUAUGUCAGAAGGUUAUGGAAGAUUACCAGAUGAUGGUUUUGAGUCAGAUGAAGAUUCAGUACCUGUAGAUCAUUGUAAAUCGAAAGCAAAGAUACAGAGGGAAGAAAAACAAUUACUUGUAGAUUCAGACAGACCUUUGUAUGCUAGAGAUUCUUUACCUGAAUGUUUUGAAUUAAAAAUUACAACAGCAGAACAUGGUCUUGGAAUUUAUGCCAAGAACCCAGUUCCCAUGUAUGCCAAAUUAGGUCCAUUAGUUGGUAAAUCUGUAAAAGAAAUGGACAUACCAGAUGAUUUUCCUAUGAGACAUAUUUGGGAGAUAGAUAAUAAUGGUAAAACUUCAUAUAUCAGUACCACUAAUCCAUUGAAAAGUAAUUGGAUUCGUUAUAUGAGACCAGCUGAAACAAAAGAAGGAAGAAGUGUAACAGUAAUUACAAAACAAGGUGAAUUACAUCUUAUCACUACACAAAACAUUAUGUCAGGAAUGGAACUGACUUAUUGGGCAGAUUCAUUGUCUUCAGCAUGGACUAGGAAGAAUAAAAUUGAUAAAACAAAUUGUGGUGGAUGUAAUUUAAAUUUUACCCAUCCUAUAUAUUAUCGUUUGCAUUGCUGCAUUUUUCAUGAUACCAAUUAUAGUUUGACUAUUAGAAAAUACCAUUGUAAGGUAUGUGGAGCUGCUGUUCUAGGAAAGGAUAAUAUCAUGAAACAUGCAGCAGAGUUACAUGCAGGACGUGGUGCAUACCAAUGUCAGUAUUGUAAAAAAUUUUUUUUAAGACUGAACUAUCUUGAAAUGCAUAGAACAUAUGGAUGUGCACAGAAUCCGCAACGUUCUAGGCCAUUGUGUGAUUUUUGUGGACGUAAAUUUUGUCAACCUCAAAAACUCAAAGUACACAUCAAAAGAAUGCAUAGUGAUAUGUCCGAAGUACUCAGGGAAUUCCAAUGUAAACUUUGCUUAAAGCUUUUGGGCUCUCGUGCAGCUCUUCAACGACAUAUGAAAGAGGUUCAUCAUAAAGAUGUAGUAGGAGCAGCAACAUGUGAUAGAUGUGGAAAAAUGUUCCAAAAUAAGAGUAAUUUAAAAAUACACAUGUUGACUCAUAGUGGUGUUAAACCUUUCAAGUGUAAAGAAAAUAGUUGUAAAGCAGCUUUUACUACAAAGCAAUGUUUGCAAUUUCAUUAUAAAAAGGUACAUGGUCUCACAGAAGAAAUGAUGCCUAAAAUCGAAAGAUCGGUUGCAUAUACUUUCGAUGCUUAUAGUGGUGGUCUUGUGGAAGAUGUCGGACGUGGUAAAACUCCUCGUUUAAGUAGAAGAAAUUCACAACAGGAUAAUAGCAACAGUUUACCAUCUUUGGAUGAUUGUAGUUCAGAAAGUAGUUUAAAAGUUGAAACAAAUACAAAUUCUACACAUCCUGCUAUAAUGGAGUUCCCAAGUGGAACAAAUACUACAUCCAAAUAUACAGUAGAGCAUGAUACUAAAGUAUCGGGUGCUUCUACUCGUGUUACAAUGCCUGUACCAAGUGGUAUUGAUACGAAUGUAGAGGAUGUACGUACAGAUGUGGAUUUGUAUGCUGCAUCAAGGAUACAAAGUAAAGGAAGUAAAAAAUGGCUGGGUGAAUUUAAUCCUACAACAACAUCGGACAUACCAACGUCGCAUCUACCAUCUGUCCCACCAGAUGUAUAUGAAUUUGAGGAUAGCAGAAAGGAAGAAGAAGAUAAAACUGUCUCUACAACUGCUACAACACAAUCUCUACUAGAUAGUAGUAAGCUGGGUCUUAGUGUAUACAGAAGAACAGAAAGUGCGAAUGCUAGCUUACUUGUUGAAGCAGCUUUAGAUGCUGCUGAGAGAGACAUAGGAGCAGUUUCUAGUCCAAUAUUGGAAGACAAUGAUCGUGAUGCAAAUUUAUAUUCUAUUUCUACACAAUUACAGUCACCAUUACCACAAAGAUCUCCAAGUCAUUUAGAUUCAUAUAUUCAACAACAAGAUGAAUUAAUAUCACCAGCACCUACACCGGAUAAUCGACAUACUCCGCCUAGUCACUUGCAUGUGGAUUAUCAUCUUCACCGACCUGUGGAUUAUAUGAAUGCAUCAAGAACACAUAAUAUCGAACAGUAUCUACAUCACGAAGAUUUACCACGUGUUUCUUCUCCAAAUAGUUAUAUUCACAUACCACAAGAAGACUUGGUAUCUCCGUCAGCUACACCAAAUCCACGAUAUCAAGAUAUACACCAUCACCAUCAAAUGCCCACUGAUAAUUUAUCAAGCGAUGAAGGUGAUUCAGUAGCUCAAAAUCUUAGUCUUUCUGUUAAAGAGAAAGCUUUACAACUAGAUUUGUCAACGUCAUAUAAAUAUGAUCCUCUUGAAUCUGAUUUUGGUAGAGAAAGAUCAAACUUUGAGCCUCUUGUAUUGAAUAGUGGGGAACUUCAAGGUCUAGAUAUGUCAGCUAGAGGAUUUCAUCAUAGUUUUGGUGCUCAAGUACAAAAUACAAGAUAUCAUCAUCAUCAUUUAUAUGAAAUAACCGAACGGCAAAGUGUCGAUCUCAGUAGGACAGGUGGCUAUUCCAUGUCUCCACCACCACCACCUCCUCCACCCUAUUCUCAUAGUGAUGUUUUGCGGGUUGUUAGUCUAGAUCUUACACCUGGUGGAAGACACAGUGUUGAUCUAAGUCUUUCAAGAUCACAUCAUUUGCACAGUUCUGGAACUCGUGUUAUUACUAGCCCGCAACCAGCUAGUUCUUCUACCCCGCAUAUAGUACCUGACACAGUUGAAGGACGAAUUUUAUCUCCACCCCCGCCUCCCUUACCAGGAUACAAUCCAAGUUAUCCUGUAAGCCCAGCUCCAUAUCAUCCUCCUAGGCCAGCAUACCAUCAUUAUUCUGGUUAUUAUUAAUAAAUCGUAACAUAAAUCACAAACCUUAACUUUUAAAAUUACAUUUUAAUUACAAAGUAAAUUCAUAUACAGAGCUCAAGUCUGCAGUUUGUAUACGAUACGAUAAUGGAACUAUACGUCGUUAUUCCAUUUUAUUUUUAUCUUAACAACCAUAAUGAUAUAUAUAAAUGGAAGGUUUUAGAAAAAUAUUGUUUUGUUUAGAAUCUUUGUUAUUGACACUAUGUCAUUUUGUCGUAUCAUUACUUUAAUCAGCAUUUUACGAUUUAAAAAAUUUUAUUGUUUUCUUGAGAAUUUACUUUAACAGAUGAUACUUAUUGUAUUAUCAAGUUGAUUAAGAAAACUGCCACUCUAACAUAUGUAUUUUUAAGAUAGAAAGAGAUUAUUUCUACAAUAGCUUGUUCCCUAGCAGUGGAAAAAAGUAUUGUUUUAUCAAUUAAUUUAUAUAUUUCUAUUUAUAAUUAGAAAAAUUUUAUGUCAAAUCUAAAAUUUUAUUAUUCAAACUAAGGACAGGAGGCUUUUAUCAAAAAGAUAAUAUUACAUAAUAUAUAUGUUAUAUUAUCAGUAUGACAUUAGGAUCUGAAUUAUGCACAAAAAAUAUAUUUGCAUUAAGAUGAAACAUUAUAUCAUUUCCAAAGUAUCUGUGUGAAAGAGAGAUAUAUAGCUCAGCAAAUGCAACAGUAUGUGUGUGAUAUAAGAGUGAUACAUGUAUGUAUGCAUCCUUUAAAUUGAACAAUAUUAUUUUUUUAAGGUAUUGGAUAAUGAAACUUUAUGAAUAGCUCUGUUCUAGAUAUUUAAGCUGUAUGAACCGUUAAAAAUGAUUAAGUUGUAUUUGGUUAUGUAGCUAUUAGAUUUAUUAUUUAUUAUAUUCUUUUUUCCAUUUUUAUACGAAACAUGCGAUAUGUAAUGGUUAUCCCCUGUUAAUAUGGAUCAUUGGAAUAGAUAAAUUUCAGAUAUGAUCCAGUACCACGUCCGUGAUAAUUAAUGUUAUAAAAAGUUGUUACUUAGCUUCUAGCUUAUAUUCUUCUAUUUCAGAUAUAUACUCCCAACAAAAAAUACUCCAUAUAAGAUGAGAUUAGUCACUAUUUCAUACUAAUAACAUCCUGGGUAGUUUGACAUUGCUGUCAUCUAUAUUUUUCAAAUUAAAGACAUGUGGUAUAUAAAAGAAACAAUUUUAACAUGUAAUAUUAUGCUUAUGAUUCAAGCAGAAUGUUGUAGCUUAUAAAUAUGUAUUUAAAGUUAUUAUCUCAUUAGUGUGCAAUUUUUAGAAAAUAACACAUUUAAUUAAUUAUUUAAAGCAUUACUAUAUAACGUUAAUAAUACAUAAAGUUGCAGACAAAUGAUUUAAUUACUUUAAAUGUACAAAAGAAGAUUGUAGUGAAUAGUAUUACCCAGGAUUUUAAAAUUUAUGAAAUAAUUCAAUCAGGAUGCCUAAUGGUAGCACUAAGUAUACAUCUGUAUGGUGAUAACAAAUUACAAUGUUCUUUUUUUAUUCUAGUCAUUACAUAUAUGUAAUAACAUAUUAGCUAUAUAAUGAAUGGUUUGGCUAUUGCAGAUGAGUGCAAAGCAUAGUGUAUACAUAGAAUUUUUGAAAAUGUGUAUCUUAAACAUAUUUGUUUAUUUUUAAUAUUAUUUUUUCAGUAUCAUGUCAAGUUUAUUCUAAGAAACGCUCGAACAAAAAACAACAAAGUACAGAAGUAAU